AUGUGCCACGAUGGCGUUUUGCGAGUUCGGAGAGGGAAGGCAUUGGUCUUCAAUAUGAGGAAUUUUGCCGGACAUCGUAACAUCUCCGAACGACAGGGUUCAGAACAUGAUGUGGCUCGUCUGCGAGAUGUGCUGACAAGUCUUCACCUCACGCCCAUCAUCUACGAGGACAAAACGCGCAAUCAGGUCGACACGAUCCUAGAGGAGGUUGCGAGUGAACAGGAUCUUGCGGACGACGACUGUUUGGUGGUGGUGUACAUGAGCCAUGGGGCCGAAAACGGGACUCUAGAAGCUUUUGACAGAGCCCUUCAAUUGCAAGAUCUCUGGGAAUGUUUCAUCCCUGGCAGAUGUCCCUCUUUGUGGGGCAAACCCAAACUCUUCUUCGUCCAGGCUUGCGAAGGGAGUAAGAAAAUGGAAGCGGCCGUGGCACCAUCAAAGAAGUCAAAAGGGCUCCCUACAACUACUUCCACAGAUAUAGUAGGGGAUGAAUACACGAUUCCUAGUCAUGCGGACUUCCUCAUAUCAAAAGCAUCCGUUCCAGGUCACGUGUCUCAUCGCGAUGUGAUCUCUGGGACGUGGUUCAUCCAGACUCUUUGUGAUGUCUUGGUAGAACACUCUCAGAUGGAGGACCUCGUGGGGAUGCUGACCCUCACGGGAGCCCGAGUGGCAAGGCAUUUCCAGACCUCUGAGGGGUUCAGACAAAUGCCCUCCUACACCUCCACCCUCAGGCAGAAGGUGUUCUUCACACCUCCCCAAUGACCACCAGCCCACCAUAUGCUAACGAAAGUUUGUGCAUGGAGAGAAGGGUCGAGAGACAAAAGCGAUAAUGUGAAUGGUCUCCUGCCUCACAAGUGCCUAUCAGUUCCUUCAUGUUGAAACAAGGUCCUCCUUUUCCAAGGAGACAGCUUUCCUUUACCCUCCAACUUGUUUUUGAGCAUGUUGUACAAUUUCCUGAUGAGGUCAUAAUUGAGACAAAGUAGGGCACAACGUGAAAGAAUUAUGCAUGUGUUAACCUGUGUGGACCUGUUCUGCCCGACUUGUCAUUUAACAUGGGAUCCAAAUAUAAGCGAUAAUGUGAAAUCAUUGUUUUCUCCUAUCUUGCUCAUUGUUUACUAGUAACAGUGAUUCUGGUGUGUCC